AUGCGCUGUCUCGAACCGCGACGCCAAGCCCCUGCGAUGUUAACCCUUCCCCCUGUUCCUCCGUUUUUGCUCUUCGCGCCGCCCUCGAUCCACCAGCAUCCACGCGGCGACAAUCGCCUCCUGACCGACUCCUCCGCUCACCAUCCACCAAGGUCGACAGCUCCAUUGCCCGCGACACGUCUUCCCUCGCCUGCGUGGGACCCUCCUGCCAAGGUCUCCCGCGUGCUCGCUUCGCUGACAUCUCUCGCCUCCUUCUCCGUGGCUGCAUUCGUCGCUGCGGGCGCACUGUCCGCGUAG